CACGUAAGCAUUCUUUCGUGGCUUGCACUCGGUGAACACCUUUUCAUCCCCCAUUGAAUUUCCGUUUCUAGCAAAAUGACUGAGCAAUCGGCAAUGUCGGGGAUGUCCUCGAUGUCCUCGAUGUCAGGGAUGUCAGGGAUAUCCGGGACCGAUGCCACCGGAGCAGGAGGAGCUGACGAUCAGAGCAGAAAAUUGUGAUCGCUGCUGCCAUCGCAUGCCUUCUGCUCGUCGGCACCGUAAUUCUCCUGACAACUAUGCUUAGCGGCUCUGACACUCAAGAAAGCGACUCCGAUGGUAAUGGAGACGAGAAAUUCCAGUACGACGACGGGGGGUAUCCCAUUCCACCCCCAACUACUACGACAACCACGACGACGACGACAACAACGACGACGACUACGACAACCACCACCACUACAACCACGACAACUACUCACAUUCCGUACUUCUUCCUCAUGUGCACCGUGGGUCAACGUUUCAAGAAGCCAGACGCUUACCAGUCUCUGGGAUGUGAUUAUUUCAUUUUCGACAGCGUCAUCCCAACACCUGAUGGCCUCAUUGGAUCUGAGGAUGAGCACGCCUGGAAGUUGUUCAAAAGCCUGUCGUGGACCCAACGGCCGAAACCGGAGUUUGGCAUUUCGUUUCCGGGAAGAUAUGCCGGUGAUUUGUCCGAUGUUGUCUCGAGCACUGUCAUCAACGAACUGAAGCAGCUGUUCGCCAAAGGGUACAGGUCCUUCGGGGUUCUCAACUGCUACGGAUCACCGUACUUCAUUUCUGGGGCAACAGGAAGAGUGCUCGGAGAGCUGUUUAAUAAAAUCUUCAACGCCAUGACUUCAGCUCAAAGGAAUGCUGGCCUGAAGACUUUCUUCAUCGGACUCCAGUUGUCAUCAGGAGCCAAAUGGCAAAGUAGCCAACUCAUGAGUUAUGCUCGUGCUAUAAGCCACCUGAACCUGCUAAUUACGCAGAGCCACAUCACACCACUGCCGGCUCUGAACGCCAGCAACUGUUACAUCCACCCUAGUAGCUCGUGGUCGCAGAGUCACAUCCAGAACAGCUCCUAUUCAUCCGUGGAACGGGCCUCUGUCGUGCUCUCUCAGGCGACAAACGCCAGCAGUCUCCAGGCAUUUGCCAUUUCCUUCUCUAUGGCUGUGAAUGUGUUCUUCAUCUCCUCCAACCCAUCCUCGACUAAUACAAGGUUCAAAGAUGACUGUGUCUCCAGCGCAAUUACCACAAUCACCGACGUCUGCCUCUUACCGACAGCGAGUGUUGUUAAUCAUACAGACUCCACUGAGUGUGACCAGUGGUUGUAUAUGUCCGGAAAACGAUACGUCUUCACGUACAGUACAGCGGCGAACAUGGCUCAGUUGUACAACAAAGCCAAGGUGAACGUGGAAAGCAGCAAGAAGUUCGGCAUACUGCUAGUGGACAUCCCGUUCGAUUACGCAGAAGAGAGUCCUUGUGGCGCACUGGCAAGAGUCAAAGCUACCAGAGAUUUCCUCAACGACCUACGUCGCACUACCUAGGCCCUGAAUGAGUGGAGGGGAGUUACUCCGUUCAUCGCUGUCAAGAGCAAUUUCUUUUUCUUAUGCUUCUUAGUCCGUUUCGUUUAGUGUCAUCCCGAUCUUGUGCAAGCAAUAAAGGUACUUGGUGUGUACAGCUUCCAGGAA